CGGAGAGAAGCCGGUGUCAGCACUUUGGUCCCUGCAUAAAAUACACACUAUGAGAACCCGUGUUUACUGGCAACUUUCUGCAGGCACUAUGAGCAGGGACACUUUGCUUAAAGCAUCCUCAGAACUGGUGUGAUAGCUUGAUACAUAGCCAUUAAAAGCAGCCUUCCUUGUUCAUGGAGGGUCCUGGGCACAGAGGUGGACGUAAGGAGUGGGGAAAGUCCUAGCGCCCGUACGAUGGACCGGCCCGGCGAUUCCGACUUGGUCUGGAUCAGGCUGAGGAAAUCUCCCGGGGGGCGGGGCGGGGCUGCGGGCACCAUGUCCUCCCGGGCCGCCGCCGGCCGCCCGUGGGGAGGGACGUGGCACGGCUGGGCGCAGGGCAGGGGCGCUGGGCUGGCGCCAGGCCGGCGGCCCCCCGGAGACUCGCUCGCCCCUGGUCCGUGUCUGCACCGCUACCCGGCGGCCCGGGCCCCGUCAGGGCGGGCGCGAGCCCGGUGUCCUCUCAGGGCGGGAGCGGACGGCCCCGUCAGGGCGGGCGCGAGCCCGGUGUCCCGUCAGGGCGCGGGCGGGUCGUGUCGCCCCCCGCCAUGUCCCUCCCGCCGCGGCCCCGCCGCCCCGUACUUAAGGCGGCAGCGGCGGCCGCAGCUCCUGCUGGCGCCCUGACCGUAUAUCCCCACAGAAGAUGGCCCCGACCUGCUUGCGGCCCCUGCUGAGGUACCGGUCCUUCGCCAUCCUCUUCCUCACGCCGCUGCUGCUGCUGCCGCUGCCGGUCGCUGUGCCGACGCGGGAGGCCAAGUGUGCAUAUAUCAUCAUCAUCAUGGCUGUGUACUGGUGCACCGAAGUGAUCCCACUGGCUGUUACCUCCCUCAUGCCUGUGGUAUUUUUCCCACUGCUUGGAGUUCAGAGCUCUAAAUCAGUAAGGACCUUUCACUUAAACAGGGAAUCAAGGCUUCAGGAAACUGGAGGUAGCUCUGAGGCUACAACUGCCCCUUCUGCCAGUGUUGGGAUGGGGCCUGGUGCAGUGUGCUUGCAGUACCUAAAUGAUACAAACAUGCUCUUCGUUGGAGGGUUGAUUGUUGCAAUUUCUGUUGAACAGUGGAACCUUCACAAAAGGAUUGCGCUGAGGGUCCUGCUGAUUCUUGGGGUGAAACCUGCACUCCUCAUGCUGGGAUUUAUGAUAGUUACUGCUUUCCUGUCCAUGUGGAUAAGUAACACAGCCACCACUGCUAUGAUGGUUCCCAUUGUCCAGGCUGUCCUGGAUCAAAUGGACAACACAGAGUAUGAUGUGACCAUGAUGGAACAAGCAACUGGGCAAACAAAUACAGUGAUUGAGCUGGAGGAAAAGAAUGCAUCAGAUCCCACUUCAGUACAUGUCAUAAGCAAUGGACAAGUCCCUGAUGACCCUAGAUCUUCUGAGGAAAAGAAAAUGAGGAAGCGUAUAUGUAAGGGAAUGACGCUUUGUGUAUGCUACGCUGCCAGCAUUGGAGGAACUGCAACACUCACUGGAACAGGACCAAACAUGGUAUUGAAAGGCCAGAUGAAUCAGUUAUACCCCAACAAUAACGAUGUUGUGAAUUUUGCUUCCUGGUUUGGGUUUGCAUUCCCAAACAUGAUUCUGAUGUUGGUACUAGCUUGGCUUUGGCUACAGUGCUCCUUCAUGGGACUCAACUUUAAAAAAAGUUGGGGCUGUGGGACAGAGAGGACUGCUAAAGAAAAAGCUGCAUACAACGUACUGAAGGCAGAAAUGAAGAAAUUAGGCCCUAUCUCUUACGCUGAAUUCAAUGUCCUCCUGAUGUUUCUUUUGCUGGUUCUGUUGUGGUUUUCCAGACACCCAGGCUUUGUAAAAGGCUGGGCCACUAGGCUCUUCCCAGAAGGAGAAAAGUAUAUUACUGAUUCUGCUCCUGCUGUGUUCAUUGCCCUGCUACUAUUUAUCCUUCCAGCUAAUAAACCCAAAUUCAUAGGCUGGAAUCCAAGCAUGUCUGACCCUGAACAGACUGAAGAAGAUAUAAAAAAGCCAUUUUUAUCAGCCCCGCUGCUAGACUGGAAUGUGGUUCAGAGGAAGAUGCCCUGGAGCAUUGUGCUGCUGCUGGGAGGAGGUUUUGCUUUGGCUGAUGCAAGCGCAAACUCUGGGCUCUCAGCUUGGCUGGGUCAUCAAAUGACUCCAUUAGGAUCAAUCCCACCAUGGGCCAUUGCUACAGUACUUUCGCUUAUUAUAGCUGUCUUCACUGAAUGCACCAGUAAUGUUGCCACAGCCACCCUUUUCCUACCUGUCUUUUCAUCCAUGGCUGCAUCUGUCAAGAUCCAUCCAUUGUAUGUUAUGUUGCCUGGUACUCUCAGUGCUUCCUUUGCCUUCAUGCUACCUGUGGCAACGCCACCAAAUGCAAUAGUGUUUUCCUAUGGCCACAUCCGUGUUUUGGAUAUGGUUAGAUCUGGAAUAGUGAUGAACAUCAUUGGAGUCUUCUGUGUUACACUGGCCAUCAACACAUGGGGAAGACCUAUGUUUGAGCUGGACACAUUCCCAACCUGGGCAAACAGCACAACUAACCAGUGAACAGUGAAGAAUUCAUGUGUUAAACGAGAAUAAUACUACUCUCUAUUGCCCAAAGCCCUGUAUAGAGUCUCAUCACCACUUCAGAUCCAGUGUCGGGUGUUUGCUGCCUUGUGGGAGUCACACAUCACCCUAAGGAUCCUGUGUCUGGAUCAUAAGCAUGAUCAAAUGAUCCGUUGUGCCUCCAGUCAAGGUCAAGAUUUAGAAUUUGUGGAACUUUAAAUAAAGAGAAGGCAGGCUGUUGUAUCAAA